CGACGGCACGUGAAGGUAGCGGGAGAGGUAGCGGCUGGACGACAGAGAGAGGAGGAGAAAGAUAGCAAGAAGCAGCUAGCGACAGCUCUCUCAGCCUGUUUACCACAAAAUAAUCGCUAUAAGGUGACAUUGGCGCUACAGAUAAAACGAGAUUGAAAUAUCUUUCUUUAGCUAAGAUGUGCCUCCACAAUCGCUUCGUCGAGUGUGUCUAAAACGACAGAAAUAUGUGCCGGUAACGUGAGGACAAAAAAGGGCAUCUCUCUGUCUUUGGUCGUAAUCUUCGGAUGAGAGUUUCUGUGUAACGUUUGAGAAGCAGCUCAGCUAAACCUUCAGCUGCCCAGCUGAGGUCCAGCUCACAGUAAGCAGCCGGGGAAUCGUCAAAAUGAAAUUCACAGAGCAUCUGUCGGCUCACAUCACCCCGGAGUGGAGAAAACAGUACAUCCAGUAUGAGGCUUUCAAAGAGAUGCUGUAUGCUGCUCAGGACCAGGCCCCAUCUAUUGAAGUCACAGAUGAAGAUACAGUUAAGAGGUACUAUGCUAAGUUCGAAGAGAAGUUCUUCCAGACAUGUGAAAAAGAACUGGCCAAGAUCAACACCUUCUACUCAGAAAAGCUGGCUGAGGCUCAGAGGCGAUUCGCUACGCUGCAGAAUGAGCUGCAGUCAUCGUUGGACGCCCAGAGGGAGAGCUCAGCUAACGGGCGGGGCCUGAGGAGGAGGAAGACGGUGUUCGCCCUGUCGCAGCAGGAGAGAUGCAAACACAGAAACAUAAAGGACCUGCAACUGGCCUUCUCCGAGUUCUACCUCAGCCUCAUACUGCUGCAGAACUAUCAGAACCUGAACUUCACAGGUUUCAGGAAGAUCCUGAAGAAGCAUGAUAAGAUCUUGGAGACGUCGAGGGGGGCCGACUGGAGGGUGGCCCAUGUUGAAGUGGCUCCUUUUUACACAUGCAAGAAAAUCACACAGCUCAUCUCUGAGACCGAGGCGUUGGUCACAACAGAGUUGGAAGGUGGUGACAGGCAGAGGGCCAUGAAGAGGCUGAGGGUACCUCCCCUGGGAGCGGCACAGCCGGCUCCUGCUUGGACCACCUUUAGAGUCGGCCUUUACUGUGGAGUGUUCCUCGUCUUAAUGGUCACAGUAGUCAUUACAGGAGCUGUGGUGAUCCGUAGUGCUGAUGUUUGGCCUAUGGUCAGAAUCUACAGAGGAGGCUUCCUGUUAAUAGAAUUCCUCUUCCUGUUAGGCAUCAACACCUAUGGGUGGAGGCAGGCAGGAGUCAACCAUGUACUCAUAUUUGAACUUAACCCCAGAAAUAAUCUGUCCCACCAACAUCUGUUUGAGAUUGCAGGUCUGUUGGGCGUGCUGUGGUGCGUCAGCCUGCUGUCCUGUCUGUUCAGUGACAGCAUCCUGGUACCGAUGCAGGCAAACCCUCUGGCUCUGUACGGCUUCUUCCUCCUCUUCCUUAUCAACCCCUUCAAGACCUGCUACUACAAGUCACGCUUCUGGCUGCUCAAACUCCUGUUUCGAGUGGUGACGGCUCCAUUUCAUCGCGUAGGCUUUGCAGACUUCUGGCUGGCAGACCAGUUGAACUCUCUGGUGGUGGUUCUGAUGGAUCUGGAGUACAUGAUCUGUUUCUACAGUUUUGAACUGGACUGGAAAAAACACGAUGGACUCAUCAGCAGUGAAGGUAAAGACGUGUGUAACUCCUACUCCUAUGGCGUCCGUGCGGUGAUCAAGUGUCUUCCUGCUUGGUUCCGGUUCGUCCAGUGUCUGCGCCGUUACCGUGACACCAAACGGGCCUUUCCUCAUUUGGUUAAUGCUGGGAAAUACUCCACUUCCUUCUUUGUCGUCACCUUUGCUGCCCUCUACAGCACACAUAAAGAUGAAUCCCACGCUGAUGCCCAGAUCUUCUUCUACUUGUAUAUCAGCUGUUUAGUGGUCAGCUCGUGUUACACACUGGUCUGGGAUCUGAAGAUGGACUGGGGCCUGUUUGACCGCAAUGCAGGAGAGAAUACCUUCCUGCGAGAGGAGAUAGUCUACCCACAUAAGGCCUAUUACUACAGUGCCAUAGUGGAGGAUGUGCUGUUGCGUUUUUCAUGGACUUUAACCGUCUGCCUCAGUGCACUCUCCUCUUUCAAUGGCAUCUCUGACAUACUGGCGACUGUACUGGCCCCACUGGAGGUCUUUAGGCGUUUUGUGUGGAACUUCUUCCGACUGGAGAACGAACAUCUGAAUAACUGUGGUGAGUUCAGGGCCGUCAGAGACAUCAGCGUGGCUCCACUCAACGCUGACGACCAGACCCUGCUGGAGCAGAUGAUGGACCAAGAGGACGGAGUCAGGAACCGGCAGGGCAAGAAGAGCUGGAAGAGAAGCUACAGCAUGAGUCUACGUAGACCACGACUUGCCUCACAGUCCAAGACCCGUGACACCAAGGUUUUGAUAGACGACACUGACGAUGACUCCUGACAUCAGGCCACGCCCCUCGCCUGGGUCCAGAAUCUAUUCAAAGGAGGAAACUCCACCUCCUAACUGAGGAAUUACCCAGCGAGUUGGGCGUUGAACUCUCAAAACCAAGAAUGAGUUUUAAACUCUCAUGCCUACGUAAUCCUUUCUCAACGCAUGAGCCUCUGUAUGGGUUCAGAACUAUUUCAAGGGAGGAACUUUCACCUCUUGAACAAACAACCCAGCAAGAUGGCCAUCCAACACAUAACCUGCCCCUACCUUCAAUAAUAACCAGGGGUGGGCAUAUCACUUAACUUACCUAAGCAGUGGGUGAAAAACUAAUCUUCCUGUCAUUUGCAGCCACCCAGAGGUGGACUCUUUAACUACACCCACUCCUCAGCCAUUGCUUGGGCUCUCCUCAAAGCCUCAGCCUAGCAUGAACAACGCAGCGAAAUGGAAUGCAAGCCGAUCACCCUGACAGGAAGUGCCCCUGCUCCCUCUCGGUGCCACAGAACUCCCACAUAGGGAGAGACCGACAACUUCAACCCUACUCCCACUGUUGAGGACCAAAAGGUUUUCUCACCGCCUUUAGCUAUUAGCCUCCACUUAAACUCGCUUAGAGAAAGGCCUUUAAUAAAUGAUGUACCAUUCGCACCUCAAGAGAUCUCAAGUCAGCCUGUAAUUUGGACCUUGGAAUGAACCUGAAGCCCCUUUUUUCCAAUAAGAGAAUAAAAAGGGUUGAAAAGUGUCCUCGUCCUUCUCCGCCAUGGCGGUCUUUUAGGCCUUGUGACCUUUUCUCUGACCUACUACAUGGGCCUUGGCAUUUAUACUGGCCAACAGACUAUGCCAACGAACAUUUGGUAACACCAAUCAGUUGCUGGCUUGACUCCCUCGCUCUUCAGCUUGCCCCAUCAAAUCAUCACAGAGCUGCCUACUUGCACCUUACACGCUUUAGAAACUCACACAUACACACACAUACACACACACACACAGAGAAACACGCACUUUGUAGGAAGAGUGAAUCGGGACAGAAUGCCUAUCGUGUGUUCGUACACACACAGACACACACAAACAGUCAUUUAACAUGUUUUCUUGUUCAUGGACGUGCAACAGAGUGGCCUCCACUCAACCUUUUUGAGACCCUGGGAUGAGAACACACACACAUAGACUAGCCAUUAUUUGUAAACGUGGUUGUAAAUAUGAAAUGGACCAAAAUAGGAGGUGGUGUGAAAAAUAAUUAUUCAGAACAUAUGAAAUACUCCAUAAAAAAUAAAAAGUGAAGUGCUGAGUUCAGACUGUAAUGAACAGCAGCUGGAAUGACUGUUCAGCCACAGAGCUGAGAAGGAAUUUUACUUUUGUUUCCAGAAAAAGAUAAAGAUCAUCUUAAUAACCCUCCCGGUCAACCCAUGUGGAAAAAAUACCCUCCAUCAGGAAAUAGUUUUGCUGAAUGUAUGCCAACUUAUUUAUGUAUGUAUGAGUGGGAAAGACGCCCUAAAUACAUUGGUCAGCCCAUUUAGGCUGAUCAGUUUUUGGAAACUAAGAGUGAAGAUGAGUCCCAAGGGUUUUUUAUUUUGUCCCCUGAAAUCUUGAUUGAAAAACUGAAGACUGUUGGAUUGAAAAUUGUUGGUUUCUGUAACAGUAAUUCUUGUGUGUGAAACUGGGGGGCAUUCACCUGUCUGUCUCACACUCUUCAGCUGGAUUGGUGUUUCUGGAUCCACGUGAGAGUGAAUCUUACACUCAUGAGAUACAUGUUCAGAUUUCACACCUGUUUUAAGAGUUGGUCUAAAGAAAAAACACGUUAGCCUUGAGACAAAGUCAUUUUGAUGUAUUUGUAUAUUCAGCAUGUACUUGUACUAAUCAACACAUUUCUUGAGGCUGGAUGUUAGUCAGAGAGCAUAGGAGGCUUAGCGAUGGUUUGUUCCAGUUUUGUCUCAAUGAGUUACAGGUUACACACCAUCACAUCAUCUGCAUAUUGGCAAACUCAUUUCAGAACUCUGUCAUCAUGUCAACACUACAGUCGCCACCGUCAGUCUGCGUCAUUGAAUCAUUAGAAUCAUAUCAUCCAUAUUUUUUGGUAAAGACAGGUAGUUUUGAUUACACUGGAGAAAAUGAUUUUCUUAAUGUUUCAGAGCGCUAAAGAUGAUAAUUUAAUUGCUUUUGUUCACAUCCCAAAGUGGGACACUCUUACGCAGUGUGUUGGUCUAACAUCACCUGAUGUUGUGGUCUUAACUCUCAGAAUGACAAUCAGAGUAGCUGGCUCUUUUUCACUGUUCUGUUUUUAUUCUGGUCGUAGCUGGUUCUGUUUUAAUUCUUUCUAGUCUUUGCUUUUAUGGUAUAAUUUAUAUUAGCCAUUUAAUGUAACCUAUUCUGCAAUAAUCUCAAUGAAUUUUUUAUUAGUUGUCCCAAAGUCAUUCAGGAAGCUCAUCAGUGAGCAAUAAGAGACACUUGAGAAUUAUCUGCACUUUAAUGCCAAACUUGAUUUUUGAUGUACUAUAUAGAGCAUUCACACCUAGAGUUCAGACACUCAAACCAAAUGGUGUACAAUAAAUACAGUGUUGUGAAUAGGAUCAUCCUUAUAACAAGCUUUUUUGAAGCUUGCCAAAAUGUAGAACAUUCAUUUGAGGACUGAGAUAUGAGAUGUAUGACAUCAGGGUUUCCUAAACACUGUUUUGGUUCACAGAAAUGUUUGGAGUCUGUUUUAUUUUUGGUCUGCACUGUCUAACAGACCGUCAACACUCUAGCUAUUGUUGAUUGUUGUCAGUGUAGUAAGUUACACAGGGAAGUUGAAAGAACAAAUCUUUCUCAAUAUUUCCAGUUUAACAACUUUAGAGUUGUGUCACGUUUUGAUUUGGAUCUUCCUGAAAUGCGUGAGUUGAAAGCUCACGAUGAAGAUGUGAUUCUUAAUUUCAGUUGAGUUUUCCUUUUCUGAAAUCAGUUGAAAUCAAAAAGUUAUCCUAUUCUCUAAACUUCAACACUGCCCAGUGGAUCAAAGCUUACCCAUGAUCCCUGCUACCAUCUACAGGCCAUGCUAUCAUUCCAAAAUCAUCUGUUUUUCUUAUUCUUACAUGUAUUGGGAUUUUGCUGUUUGUUAUUAGCAGAUACAGACAAAUAUGUUACAUUCAAGAUAACAAAGAACAUUGCAGGCCAUCAGUAAUAUUGAAUAUAUCAUUCCAGUCAGCAAUAUACAGUGUAAUAUGUAUGGUCUACCUGUAUGACUGAUCUGAAAGCUCAUACAGCCUGUGACACAGUUUUGUGGAGGGCAAACCUUUAAACCUUGUGACCAAAACUAAUAAAAGUGAUAGUUUUUUUU